UGGGCAGUUUUGUGGGGGAGUAUGACAGCCAUGCUUCCACACAAUAUUACUCCACAUAACUGACUUUUCUUAUCACCUCAUAUCAUCAUCAAUAUCCAUCACACUCUCUAUUCAUUAUUCACACACAGACAUCAGUUAGAAAUGGCCACAAGUCUUCAUGGAGCCAAGUCCAUGGCGCCACUAUCUCUGCCGCCGGGAGCUACCACCGGCCGCUUUGCGCUGAAAUCACCCUUCUUCUCUCCAUCUGUUCACCUAUUCAUGCCAUCUCAACUCUCAACUCUCCCAACUACUGCGCCUAAAUUCUCGAUGCGUGUUGCUUCCAAGCAAGCCUACAUCUGCCGCGAUUGCGGGUAUAUCUACAAUGACAGAACACCUUUUGAGAAACUGGCUGAUAACUAUUUCUGCCCUGUAUGUGGUGCCCCAAAAAGGAGAUUCAGGCCAUAUGCGCCAGAUGUUUCUAAAAAUGCAAACAGCACAGAUGUUCGAAAAGCCAGGAAAGAACAGAUUAAGAGAGACGAAGCUAUCGGGAAGCUUGUGUUGCUUAUCCAAAACGGCAUGCAUGCUACCUAACACAAUACUUGCUCUUUCCCACAACACAAUGAGGCAGCUCUUGGAUGGACCAAAGGGAAUCAAAUAUGAACCGAGAAUAUUGCAGCAGAUGACUGAAGUUGUAGGAAUAUUGGAGUAUGGUUUUCCAUAGGGUGUACCUAGUAUGUUGUUAUCUUAUGUUUGAUUGUAUAUACUCCUUGUCCACCAAAAAAGGAAACUGGUUAUAUUCUCCUAACAAA